CAGAGCAGAACAGCGAAGAAGCUUCCACCUUUGUAGAAAAACACCUUUUGUUCUGCGGCUGACGGAUGAGCAGCCCGCCACAGCUGAGCCGCAGGGCGUCGGCUUUCUGUUCCGCUGAAAUGAAAGUGGAGUCACCGUUUGGCGUGAGUCGCUGCUGAAGCGCCGCGGCGGUGGAUCACCUGUUGCCGGACGCGCUGGGUUCAUAUGUGAGCGUCAGAUCCAGCUGACUUCACAUCUGUCAGGCGGCUGCGCUGCUACCACAUCACACCAUGUCUUCUGAUAAAACCAUCGUUUUCUUUGACCUGGAGACCACUGGAUUAGACACUGAUGUCUGUGACAUCAUCCAGUUGUCGGCCAUCUGUGGCGAGAGGGUCUUCAACGCCUACACCCUCCCCCGCCGCGCCCUCACUGAGAGCGCCACCAACGUUACAGGCUUCACCGUCAGAGGACGCCGCCUGUUCCGCCAGGGGAAUAAGGUGGACACCAUCCCUCUUUAUGAUGUUCUCACCUCCUUCAUCGCCUUCCUUCGCUCCUUCCGCUACCCUGUGGUGCUGGCGGCCCACAAUGCAAGGCGCUUUGAUGCGCCGGUGCUCACCAGAGUUCUGCAAGACUUCUUGCUGCGGCAGAAGUUCCAGCAGGUGGUGUCUGGGUUUCUGGAUACCUUCCUACUGAGCAAGAAUGUCUUCCGUGGUCUGGCCCGUUACUCUCAGGAGUACCUGGUCUGCCACUUCCUGAGAAGGACCUACGACGCCCACAACGCUUUGGAGGACGCCAGGAUGCUGCAGGAGCUGUUCUACACAUGGAGUCCUACAAACUGGGAUAUCUCCAGAUUUACCUACAGGUCGUCCCUGGCAUUUUAAAAAAGCUACGGACAAAACAAGAAAAUGAAAUAUUGCAUUUAAAAAAACUUGCUCUCAUCAUAUGCCCUCAGGUACUGAUGUUUUUAACAUUUGGAAAAAUAAACUACAUUUUGUUUGACUGGAGACAAAUAAUUCAUGCUACACCCCAAACUCACAGAUAUGUCAUGCUCAUUCUCUUUAAUGAUUUCUAUUGUUAAAUGUCUGAUGUAUUGUAACAUGUCUCAUACUGGCAAGUCUUCUAGUCUUGUCUUUCCAGGAAAUUGUCACAGUUUUCCCAAAAGAACCAUUAAACUUCCAUUUGAUUCUUCUAGACAACUUUUAUUUUUAAAUCUUUUUACUUAUUAACUUUUUAACAUGUAUUCAAUUUUGUAUUCUUUAAAGUAUUGAUUGCACCUUAUUUCAGCUACCAUACAUUCUGUCAAGGAAUCCUUGCAAGGUAAUUUAUACACAAGUUGAAAGUUUUUAAAAAUGGGGAAUAAAAGUUAACAUAGAAUACAAAUUUUGGUGUGAUUUCCAGUACUAUAAUCAAAUUAAUCACAUGUUUUGGAAUGGGAGGAUUACGAUCAAGGUACGCAACAAUGUUUUUCUUACUAAAGUACAUACAGUACGGCACCACUCAAAUAUUCCUCAAUACUCUAUAAUUAAGAAUUGGUAUAUUGGUGGUUCUUCUUUCUCAGAAAAUUACAGCUGUAGUAAGUGUUCUAUAUCCACCAAUCAAACUGGUUAUAAUAUAUAUGUAUAGACUAUAUUGUCAUACAGUAGUUUAUCCACCUUUUAAACAUGCUUUAUUUUUUGGGGUGCAUUGAUCAAUAAAAUAUUCUGAUUCUGAUUAUU